AUGCUGUCCAAUCCGCCCCAGAGCGGUCUUCCGCCUCGUGGACGACACCACAAGCGGCAAUACUCGACACCAAGCGCCUUCGAGACCAUGAAGAUCGCCCCCAGCAACCUGCCAAACCAGAUGCACCCACAACAGCAACAGAUGCAUCACCUCCAGCAACAACCACAACAACCAGGAUCAACACCAGAGGGAUCACGACCACGACAAAGAAUAUUACAUCGCCGAGGCUUGAGCAUGGAUAUUCGACAACAACAACGACAACUGCAAUCCCCAGCUAUUCGGCAGGAGUUUCACAAUACGCAUGUGCUGCGAGAAGCGCAGCAGCAACGCUUAGCACGCCCGGGCUCACAGCAAGCAUUCACGAACUUGGCAACCGACGAGAACUACCUAAUCUCACCUCACACAACCCCCCACUUGAACGGGUUUGAGGGGCAAUGUUUUGAUGGACUGCAAGCUCCCCAGAACAUGAACAUGUUCUCUACUAAUAUUUUCACUGACUCUAUGGGUUCAAUGAUGAAAAAGAAUCAGGAGACUUACUCCGAUAAUAUGACAGCAUCUCAGGACUUCGACCUGUACCCUACCAGUACCAUGUCCACGCCUACUUUUAUUACGUCUUUUUCCGAUAGCCCUGGUGGCCCGGACCCUUGGACUUCAGAAGGCGAGAGCCCUCACGCCAGACGAAGCUCCCGGAGGGUAAGCAAUGGAAUCAUGGACAGGGUAGUCAAAUUUGAGACUCUUCAUGUCGAAGACCCGCAGAGGCCAAUUACACCACCACACCAGAAUGCAAAUGAUUAUUUCCCAAUCAGCCCCCGAGGAACAUCCCAUGGUGGUACCAUCAAGCACCCUCGCCAGCCCCAGAGGUUCAUGGAUGACUAUGACGAGUCCAUGGAAGAGACUCUGAAGCCAAACCGGCACUCUGGCAAUCGGCCCAUGACGACAUUUGAGGCAAUGCGUCAAGCGGCAGAAGGACCUGCGUCCAUGCCAGAAUCACGUCGAUCAAGCAUUGCGCAGAUGAGCACAGGUGCUUAUGAGCCGCCUGUGCCGAAUCCGUUCAUGCAAGUACCUACAGGCAUGACUAUCAGCACCCAGCUUGAUGGCCUGCCCGUGCCGCCGCAUCCUAUGAGUGCCUCGAGCAAUUUCUCACAGCACGCCUCCCCAAUGACACCGAGCAUGGCUUCAUUCGCUGGUGGUCCAUUUGACCUGAAGCCAGAGCUGAGGCCCCACAUGCUCACGCAGGAUGCGCUGUCUGUCAAUGAGUCUCAAUCGACGGAGAAGGCAUCCCGUCGCAACUCUCCUCACCGCAGGACCGACUCAAUAGCAAGCAUCGCCAGUGCUGCGAGCAUCGCAAGCCUGGACAUUGAGCAGACCAGGACUACUACCGGCAUUACCAUUGAGGACAUCCACCAGUACAUUGAAGGCCCGGAGCCGAGCGACAACAAGUGGGUCUGCACUUAUGAUGGAUGCAACAAGCGAUUUGGACGAAAGGAAAACAUCAAAUCCCAUGUGCAAACCCACCUCAACGACAGACAGUACCAGUGCCCACAUUGUCAAAAAUGCUUUGUACGGCAGCACGACCUGAAGCGUCACGCCAAGAUCCAUACGGGUGUUAAGCCAUAUCCUUGCGAGUGCGGCAACAGCUUCGCUCGUCAUGACGCUCUCACUCGCCACCGACAGCGCGGCAUGUGUGUCGGCGCCUUUGAUGGAGUUGUGCGCAAAACGGUAAAGAGGGGCCGUCCUCGUAAGCAGCGUCCCGAUGUCGACGAGCGACAGGAAAAAUCAGAGCGCACACGCAGGAGAAAUAGGUCCACCGCUGGCUCAAUAUCAUCUCAAUCCGGAUACUCGGACAGCUCGGCAGCUAACUCGCCGGAACCAUUGGAUCCCGACUUUAGUGACGCGCUGGAUGAUAUCAUGGACAUAUCAAUGGGCGGAACAACCAUCAGACCAAGCAGUCUGCAAGCCAUGUCCUCAUCUGCGCCGAUGCCAUCACUCAGCGCUACCGUGGCGACCUCGAGUGCCCAUUCCCCGUCUGCCACCAGCAUACACUCGUAUGUCUCGCAGCUAUCACACAUGUCACUACACGCAGAUCCACUCUCCGAGACCAUGCCAACUCGCCCGGGCUCUCCGGCCAAGAGUGUGGCCAGCCACUAUAACGAAGUUCCCGAGCUGUCCCAGUCGUCCUCGCCCCCGGUUCGGUACUUUGAUGUCGACCCGAGUAAUUCGCAAACCGAGCCGUUGAUCACCACAGCAUCGGAGAAUGUGAAUAUUUCGGCACUCAGUGGAAUUGAUGAUGCGGACGACGACCUGCUUCUGCAGUUUACCACUGGCGACUUGAGCAUGAUGAACAUGAAGCAGUUCGAGGACGGAUUCAGCUCAGCCGACAUGUAUCCGGAUGGCAGCAAUCCUGAUGUGUUUUUUGGAGCAGCUCUUUAA